UUAAGAAUGGGCUGAACUGAGCUUUAGUUUGCUGGCGGUGGCCCUGGAGGAUUGACACUUGAUAAUGGAGAGAAUAUUUGUAUAAAUACAUGGAGAAGAGAGGCUAAGACAGUACAGAGCGAGGACUAAUAACAAAGAAUGGGAUUGAAAUUCUUGAACAAGAAGGGAUGGCACACGGGAAGCCUAAGGAACAUAGAGAACGUGUGGAAGGCGGAGCAAAAGCAUGAGGCUGAACAGAAGAAGUUGGAGGAGCUCCGCAAGCAGAUCCAGGAGGAGAGGGAGCGAAGCGAGUUUCGUCUCCUUCAGGAGCAGGCCGGCCUCGUUCCUAAGCAGGAGAGAUUGGAAUUCCUGUAUGAUUCGGGAUUAGCCGUAGGGAAGGGUGGCAGUUCCGAUGGUGGAUUCAAGGCCCUCGAGGCCUUCCCUAAGCCAACCAGUACCGACGCCUCCUCCGCCGCCGGCGACACUGCCAAGGCAUCAUCUUCGUCGUCGUCGGUACCGGGAGCUUUAUUCGAAGAAAAGCCUCACUCCGCCAACGAUGCUUGGAGGAAACUCCAUUCCGAUCCUCUGCUCAUGAUUCGGCAGCGUGAGCAAGAGGCACUUGCCCGCAUCAAGAACAACCCUGUCCAGAUGGCCACCAUUCGCAAAUCCGUCGAAGAAAAGAAACACAAAAAAAAGACUCAUGAUAAGAAGGAAACCCGGAAGAAGCACCAUCAUAGCACCUUAAAGGAUCAAAAGCAUUCAUCAUCCAGACAACGAUCUGAUUCAGAAAAUAUGACUUCUGAAGGGGGAAAAAGGAAAACUAGCAGACACAAGCGCUCAAACUAUGAUGUGCAUUCAAGAUCGGAAGAUGAAUCUGAUAAAAGAGAUAGCCUAGGUAAGAAGAACCACUACAGGGGCUCGAAAUACAAAGAGCUGUCACCCAGUGGCUUGUCAGGCCCAAAUACUUCAAAAAGUGACGGUCAAGAUGCUAUCAAAAGGAAUCAUGACAAGCCAGAGUGGGAAAAAUUGUCUUCUAAAGAUCAGACAAAUCUUGAUGUCACGGAAAAGAAAAGGGAAAGCAGAAGGUUUCAUGAAGAAAGCUGUUAUGAUGGGCGUGAGUCAAACUAUAAGCGCCGCAAUGUUGCUCCUAAACUUUCAGAAGAAGAGCAGGCCACCAGGCUACGGGAGAUGCAAGAGGAUGCUGAAUUGCAUGAAGAACAAAGAUGGAGACGUCUGAGGAAGGCUGAGGAGGAUGAUGUGCAAGAAGCUGCCCAGGCGCCAUCCGGUGGUAGGAAUUUCUUGGAUGCGGCUCAGAGAAGUGUCUACGGUGCCGAGAAGGGGGGAAGCUCAACCAUUCAGGAGAGUGUCCGUCGCCGAACACAUUAUUUGCAGGGCAGGUCUGAAGCUCGUGAAGGCAAUGCUUUUCGGCGCUGAUGCAGUCAUGCAAUUAUUUGUAGCUUAUUCUGAUAACUUUAGCUGAUAUUUCCAGGUGCGCUUACACAGCUUCACCCUACAUAUCGGGUAUCUUCCAUGUACCAACUUUGAAGUUUGAACCAUAUUGUAGCGAGAAGCUAUUUAAUGUCAAGCUGAAUUAUGUUGAUAAAGAA